UUAUAAGUCUUUGUAGACCUCUAUUCCUGUAACUCUAUACUCUAUAAUUCUAUAUUAUAGAUCUAGAUAGGGAAAAUAAUAAAGCUAGAUCUAUAUGUCUAUACUUUGGUCUCUCUAUCGAGUUCUAAACUCGCCCUAACUUUACUAGACUCUACACUCUAGUCUACUACUGAGUCAAGGCAAGUGACAAGUCAAGUGCCACUCAGUUACUCACUCUCAUUUCAUCUAACUUCUAUUAAGAUUAAGUCAUUAAGAUCACUAGACUCAUAAUAGAUCUAUCUAGAUCUAGAGAUCUAGUAGUAAGUGACUAAAUACAUUUGACUUGAAGCCUCUUAGCAUAUCAUUGAUUUGAAGCCUCUUAGCAUCUCAUUGACCAGAUCUAAUUAACUUACCAUGAAAAGAAGACACAAGUAGUAUAAUGGGCAACUAUAAGUCCAGGCCAACCAUAUCUUGCACAGAUGAGCUAAAGAAAAAAAUCAGCGAGAGCUAUGCUGUAUUUCGUUCAAAAGUGCUUGAGGACCUGCGUCCUAAAGAUUCUGAUUGGACAGAAGUUCAGCUUGCUGCAGCAAAUACCCAGGACCUCUCUGUAUUAAGCACUUUAUUAGAUGAUGUUAAUUGUUUUGAGAAGACUGAUACUGGCUUGACACUGCUGCAUAUCACAUGUUUGGCUGGAGCUCCCUGUAGUCAACUUGAGAGGAUUAUUAAGAAAGGGGUCAAUGUCAACACACUGAGUAAAAAUCAGUUAUCUGCCCUUCAUUUGUCAACAUACAGGGGAGACUCGGAACAAGUGGAUGUGUUAGUUACUAAUGGAGGGGAUGUAAAUCAAACUGGUCACAGCGGAGUUGCUGCCCUUCAUAUAGCUGCCAUGUGUGGACAUCAUGAAAUUGCUAAAAGUCUUGUUGAAAGCGGAGCCAAAAUAGACAUGGGAGACUUGGUCAAGUUUUCUUCACUGCAUAUAGCUUGUCAUUUUGGACACGAGAAAGUAGUUGACCUACUGCUAUCUAAUGGAUCUGACAUUAACAUCAGUGGCAGUGUUGGAGACAGACCCAUUCACUUGGCCAGCUCAAAGGCUAACUUGAAAAUCAUGCAGCUUCUUGUUGAGGGAACAUCACAACAGACAGCUGAUGUGAAUGUCAAAGAUGAUGAAGGUCACACGCCUCUUCAUUUCUGCUGCAAGUCUGGUCACCUGGUCACUCUUCAUUACUUACUUGACCACGGGGCAUCCCCUCAUGAAGUCAACAUCUACGGGGAUACACCAUUACACCUGGCUUGUUACAAUGGUAAACUUGAGAUAGCCAAACAGCUGGUCUCACAGACCGGACAAGACAGCCUUACAAUGGAGAAUAUCUUUAGCGAAACACCCUUACAUAGUGCCUGUACAUUUGGUAAGAAUCUAGAACUAGUCAAAUUUUUGCUGGCCCAGACCUCAGUGGACAUAAACUACCAGGGUAAAGAUGGUCACACUGCCCUACAUAGUGCCUGCUACCAUGGCCACAUUCGCUGUGUUCAGUUCCUGCUAGAGAACCGAGCGGACAUGAAUCUUGUGGCUGCUGUGAGUGACCAGAGUGGGGACAGUGAGAAACGGGAGGAGCAGACUGCCUUGAUGUGGGCUUAUGAAAAAGGCCAUGACUCCAUAGUUACUUUACUCAAGCAUUAUAAACGUCCAAAUGAUGAGUCUGCAUGUGGGGACUACUCACAGCCUGGCAGUCUGGAUGGCUCCUAUGUGGCUGUACCAUCGCCAUUAGGAAAACUACGCAGUAUGACCAAAGAGAAAAUUGAUGUCCUCCAGCUGAGGGCCAACUUGUCUCACCAGUUUCAUCUUCAGAUCACUGACCUAGAGUUUCAGGAGACUAUUGGGUCUGGCUCCUUUGGGAAAGUUUAUAAAGGCAAGUGUAAAGGACGCACCGUGGCUAUCAAAAGGUACAGAGCAAGUUCAUUUGGUGCCAAGUCAGACGUGGACAUGUUCUGUCGAGAGGUUGCCAUAUUGGCAAAGCUGAACAGUCCUUAUGUUAUUAACUUUAUCGGAGCAUGUCUAGACGAUCCAAGUCAAUUCGCCAUUGUCACCCAUUAUGUGUCUGGUGGAUCAUUGUUUAGUCUGCUGCAUGAACAGAAAAGAUUGAUAGAUGUCCAGUCGAAGUUGACCAUAGCCUUGGAUGUGGCUAAAGGCAUGGAAUACCUCCACAACAUGCCCCUCCCCAUCAUUCACAGGGACCUCAAUAGCCACAACAUUUUGUUGGAGGAGAAUGGACAUGCAGUUGUGGCCGACUUUGGAGAGUCAAGAUUUUUGCGCUCAGCAGAUGAGGACAAUAUGACUAAACAACCAGGAAACUUGCGUUGGAUGGCCCCUGAAAUCUUCACCCAAUGCACCAAGUACAGUGUCAAGGCUGACAUGUUCAGUUACUCCUUGGUGCUGUGGGAACUACUUUCUGGAGAGCUUCCAUUUGCACAUCUCAAACCUGCUGCUGCUGCUGCAGAGACUGCAUAUCACAAUACCAGGCCACCUAUAGCCAUCACUUUCCCUAAACCUAUAGUGUCACUCUUGCAGAAAGGUUGGCACACUAACCCUGAUGAGAGACCAGAGUUCUGUGAGAUCAUCCCAAUCCUGGAGGAGUGUAAGCGAUCUCAGGCGGUGUCCAUGUUAAGUAACUGUGAAUCUACUACAGUCACAUUGCCUAUAUCUCUGCCCAUGGUCACCACCCAGGACUCGGAUGGAGACGGAAGAGAUACGCCACCAUUGGCUGGCCAUGUUUCGGCCCUACGGAAUCACUGGGAAAUGGAAGCUUCUAGAAACAGUGUAUCCGGAGCUGUAAAUGAUGAGAAGAGACGGUAUCCCUAUCCUCAGCUGGAUAAAAAUGGCUAUGUGUCUGACCCACUGUCCACUUUGAGAAUCUCACUGCCGCUGACCAUGUCGCUAUCGCCUAACAUGUCAGCGUCAUCUCAGGACUCUCCAGAACCUUCGAGCUGACAUUAUGAAAAACUGUGAAUGUGAAUGAUUGAUCAGUGUUACACGAUAUUGUUCAUGUGUGUUAUAAUAUGACAAUGAAAAAGCAUUUCUUUAUCCUGUAAGUGUUUUUGACUCAGUGCCACAAGAAGGAUUGAAUGUACAUAGCUAGUUACUCAUAUUAGUGCCAUUUGUGUAUUAUAGCUCAAUUCUUCUUCCAGUCAUAAAAUCUAAAGUUUUAUCUUCUUUAAGGGUGCAAUAUUCAUGUUGUUUUUUGUAUUUUAAAAUAUUAGGUUUGACAAUUGACCAUGCAGCACAAAUAGACAUAUCAAAAAACUAUUUCUUAACAAAAUUUCUUAUUUGCAGUCUAAAAUGUUUGACAUGUUUCGAAUGUUCCUUCAGAGUUGAAGAUGAUUUACUUCCUAGUCCAAACCUCCCGCAGGAUUAUGGGGAAUGGCAGCAGGCAGGGUAUGAAUCCGGGUUACCACACCACCAGGCAGUCUAUGAGACAGAUGCUGAAAUGUUCACAUUUUGUUUUCUGAGGCCAGUGUUAACCCAUUAGCUCCUUCUGCAGUUGAAAACGUUUUUGUCCUAGACCGUUGUAGAACGUUUCUAAAACCCCCACUAUUCAAUAGACUUGAUUUAAACUUUUUAAAAACAUGAUUUCUUCUAGUCUCGUUGCAAGCGUGAUUACAAAUCAUUUUGGAGAUUACCGAUUCUAUUUUUAAUAAAAUCGGAAAGGUUUUUAUUUUUAAAAUAAUUUUUCAAACGAACAGGCCCAUAGCCCCAGUGUAUAAGCCCCCACGUGGGAAAAUGACUAUUUUUGAAGUUUUUUACAUUCUAGUGGUAUUAAACGUAUAUAUUUUUUAAAACUAGACAUAUAGUUCUAUUUUUUAAAGUUAUCUGUUUGUUUAUUUGUAUUAGAUCUUCAAUUUGAUUAUUUUUUGCAAAAUACAUAUUUUUUAGGAUUUUUUAAAUACGGAGUUAUCCCUCCUUGCUUAGGACUUUGAAGGGGUUUUUUUUGAACCGGAAAUAGGAGCUAUUGGGUUAAUGAAGGUGUCAUCAAACCACCUUUCAACUCCCAACAAUCAUGUAUCCUGAGAGCUGCAGGAAAACCCAAAUCUUAAAGUCCCAUAAUUCAUUUGAACUCAGCUUUAGCUCUCUAGGAUUAAAAAGAUAAAAAAUUAACAGCUUUAUGCUCUCUAGGAUUAGAAGGUAAACACUUAACUCUGUCACCUUGACCUCUAUUUCAAACAUUUCUCCAAAAAUGUGUUUGUACCUUACAAAGUUGGACAGAAAUGUAUUUUUCUCUGUAUAUGCAAAAUGUAAAUAACCAAAAUCAAAAUAUAUUUAUUACUGAACAAAUAAAGUAAUUCAUUAUGUG